GUCAGCUGUUUUCUGUAAGUGGACAUUCUCGUUGCUCAUCAUUUUCGUAUCUGCAAAAAGCAAAUCAAUAAUUGCCUAGAAAGCAAAUGCGCAGAAUAAGCAACAAAACAGUAUAGUACCAAAUUGAAAAUUAUAUUAUAGAACAUGCAAAUUAUAAAUAAUAGAGGCGUACCGCCCAGUAGAUAACAGUGUUCAGGUUCGCUCAAUAACUCACAGACAUACGACAACGACAAAGACAACAGCGCGCGCCUUUGUUGUUCUUCUGCUGUUGUCUGCGAUUGCGAGCUUCGGGCGACAUUCCCGUUUUGAAGUUUGUCGCGCGUGGCUACCCCACCCAAAAUUACACACACACAUACGUGUCUCUCCCUGAAGCCUAGCCAUGAACAACGGUCAGUCUAAAGGGGCGUCGAGUGUUUCGGAAGCGCCUUUGCUCCAGUUGGAGGAUGAGUUGGAUUUCAUUGGUGACUUCCUUAAGCAGCAGGCAACGACAACAACCACAACAACUAACAGCCAGAUGUCACCGCUUCUAAAUGGCUUCGAAGCAAACGGCGUCAAUCAAUUGACCACUCAAGUUGAGAUUAAUACGAUUGGCGUCCAUGGCAAGCAAGCUAAUGGCAAGCGGAGGACAAAGCGUAAGCCGAAAAGAGACAGAGAUCAAAUGUUGUUAUCAGUUGACGAUGACGAUGUUGCUGAUAACAAUGGGGACGUCACUCUUGAUGAGGAUGAUGUGGCCCACAUUGAUGGCGCUGGCGGUGAUGAUGCUGAAAGUGUUAAUGUCUUUGUUGCGGCCAAGAAACAAUCGCAACAGCUACAACAACAACAUCUGUUAAUGCUGCACGAUGGCGACGACAACGACGCAGAUGUUGAUGAUGAAGAAGAAGUUUUGCUGCAUAAAAAUCCCCCCGCCCUACGCAAUGGCAAUGGCAAUGCGAAAAGCAAAAGCAAACACUCUGAGGAGAGCAGUGAGAGCGUAAGCGGUAGAUCAAGCACAUCGACACCGCAACAACCGCCGCUAGUGAUUAGUCACAUAGCAACACCAACACGACGUGCAACGACAACGACAGCGGCAACAAGUUCCACAUCAACAUCACCGCUAAAAUCAACGACGCGAUUGCCCCACGAAGAGGUCGACGAUAUUUGUUUAGUGCCAGAAAUCGAUUUCGAGGGCAUGUCCACGGACGCAGGCAGCGAUAAUCGCGAGUCACAGCCUCUGCUUGGCGGUGGAGGCGGCGGCAGUCACAGCAGUCGCAUCACCGAUCUACUUGGCGCCCUGGGACGCGGACAUGAUCAUCUUGACCUCAUGUCAAACACCUUUGGCGACGAUCCUCUCUUCUCGGAGAUUGUGGCACAGGCGGAACAUGCCAUCGAAAAGGGUAUUUUACCGGAGAGAAUCUACCAAGGCAGCAGUGGUUCCUAUUUUGUCAAAGAUGCCUUAAACCAACGCUGUCUGGCUGUGUUUAAGCCCAAAGAUGAGGAACCUUAUGGCAGACUGAAUCCCAAGUGGACCAAAUGGAUGCACAAACUCUGUUGUCCCUGUUGCUUCGGACGCGCCUGCUUGAUACCAAAUCAAGGUUAUCUGUCCGAGUCUGGGGCGAGUUUGGUAGAUCGUAAGUUGAAUCUGAAUGUGGUACCAAAGACACGAGUGGUUCGUCUGGUCGCUGAGAGUUUUAAUUAUGCGCGCAUAGAUCGACAGAAGGCGAAGCUUAAGAAGCGCAUCAAGGAGCAUUAUCCAUCGGCUCACUUCAAUCGCAUGAGUCUGCCAUUGAAGACUGGAUCCUUUCAGCUGUUUGUUGAGGGCUACAAAGAUGCCGAUUAUUGGUUACGUCGAUUCGAGAACGAACAAUUGUCCCCGGCAUUGGCCAAAUCAUUUCAGCUGCAGUUUGAGCGAUUAGUCGUGCUGGAUUAUAUCAUACGAAAUACGGAUAGGGGCAACGACAACUGGUUGAUCAAGUAUGUGGCGCCAAAGCUGGUGGGCGAAGUGGGGAAUACUGGUGGCAAGAGCAUGUCACGUGCCAAUCCACUAGUUGGUCAGCCAAUUAUAGAUCUGAACGAGCAGCCAAUAACGCUGGAAAGUGAACUGAAGCGUGCAACUGGCGGCGGUCAACCGUCUCCCACUUCGAUGGGCGUUAGCGAUACAGUUGGUGCCACCAUUAGCUAUGUGAGCAGCGAUGAUGAUGAAGUACCUACAACAAGUCCCAAGAGGGCAAUUUAUACUCCAUCGGAGCCAGCAUGGAAUCUGGUAGAGGCGCCACAAAUCAAAAUUGCAGCCAUUGAUAAUGGCUUGGCGUUUCCCUUUAAACAUCCAGACUCUUGGCGUGCAUAUCCCUAUCAUUGGGCCUGGUUACCCCAGGCUAAGGUACCGUUCAGCAAUGACAUCAAGGAUCAGGUGUUGCCACAGCUAUCGGACAUGAAUUUUGUCGAGGAAAUCUGCACGGAAUUACUGUAUUUAUUCCAGCAGGAUCGCGGAUUCGAUAAGCGGCUCUUUGAGCGACAAAUGUCUGUAAUGCGUGGUCAGAUUCUUAAUCUAACGCAAGCGCUGCGUGAUGGAAAAUCACCUGUGCAGUUGGUCCAAAUGCCUGCUGUCGUUGUUGAGCGCUCAAGCGGCAGUCGCUUCUUCUCCUUUACGCAGCGCUUCCAAAACAAGAGUCCCUUCUUUUCUUGGUGUUAAUUGCCCACUACAUUUCGUAUUACCCGGCAAGUUUAGUGUGGUCGGGAUCCAAGACUUGAAUUGUCGCCUACCUGUUGUGCUUUGUUGUUAUCUACUUUAUCGCCAAAAGAUUUUUAGUUGUAAUCCCCAGCGAAAUGGAUUUUUGUUAAAUUUGUUUGUUUUGGCAAAAAGUCGUUGAAAAUUCACUUGCUAUUUAUUUAAUUACAUUCACACCAUGUUCACAGUUAACUGGCUAAUUAGCCGGGUUAUAUUGUUCGUAUAGUCAAUUGUUUUAAUUCAUAAAUAUGAAUGAGCGAAAGAUCGAAGGAUUGUCCAUUCCAAAAUUCGAA